AUGUCGUUGCCACAGAGGCCGGGUAGGCGCGAGGAGCGCAGUGCCUUCCGCGAGUCUUCAGGUCGUCGACGUACAAGAGAUGCCGAACCCGGUGAAUACAGCGAUAACCCAACAUCGCCGUCCAGUCAUCGACAUCGUCGUCGCCGAUCACACAGCCAUCGACGGGGCCCCGAGACAGACGAGGAACGCAUGGAGCCCGGCACUGAGGUGAGGCGCAAGAAAACUCUUGUUAAACCGGAGAGGCGUCCGGUCGACCGGGACCACCCAAAUUAUCAUUACCGACAGCGUUCUCAUCGGAUGCCUGUUCAUCCUUCUGCCACGGGCGAUGAUCCGCUGCUCGACAGAGAUCCUGAGGCGGAAACGAACAGCUCAAAAAGCCUGGACUCUAAGUCAAAGGACCAAUUGUACGGCGCCCACGGCAACGUGAACAAGCCCAUGGAUCGUGCCCCCAGUCGACAUCGCUCCAAGAAGAAGAAGAGGUCUUCCCGUCGAAAUUCAAAGAGCGGAAUGUCCAGCGACGAGAAAAGGCAGCAGAAGGCGAUACAGCAAGCACGGCCACCCGACUUGUGGACGACUUAUUGCGCACUGGUCAGCUGCUUAGUGCCCGACUUCGUUCUCAAGUGCUUCGGCAUGCCGCAGAAAGAACAGCGAACGGCUUGGCGCGAGAAGAUUGGGUUGAUUAGCUUGAUUCUCAUGAUUGCUGCUUUCGUGGGUUUCCUGACUUUUGGCUUCACGGCCGUGGUUUGUCGCAAUCCUCCGCUCCGCUUGAAAGUGAAUGAGGUGGGCAGUAACUACAUGAUCUUCCAUGGUAAGGCAUACGACUUGACCGGAUCAACACAUCCAGCCGCCGAGGGUAUCCCCGGUGGUACCAAUGUCUUGUAUGAUCUGCCGCACAAAUACGGUGGUCAGGAUGGCAGUUUCUUCUUCCAACAAGUCAAUGGUGCAUGUAAGGGUCUCAUCACGGCGAAACCUGGCGGUGGUGUCCCAACCAAUUCCAAAGGCGACCUGGGCUGGUACUUCCCGUGCACCGCAUUCAACCAGGAUGGAUCGUCGGACCCCAACACGACAACCUCCUACUAUGAGGGCUGGGGGUGUCACACGAGUGCUUUUGCCCGCGAUUCUUUUUACAACCUGACUGGGUCUGGCGAUGUCUACUACACCUGGGAAGAUACCAAAAACAAGAGUCGAAAUCUCGCUGUGUACUCCGGCACGGUUCUGGACCUAGAUCUCCUACGGUGGUUUAACCCGGAUCAGGUCGAGUACCCGUUCGAAUUUGAUGCCUUGCGUCAGAACCCCGAUGUCCGCGGUGUCGAUCUCACCUAUUAUCUUCAAAGCGGAGACCAGAAAAAGAUUGGUAAAUGUCUGACACAGAUUAUCAAAGUGGGCAGCAUUGACACCGACACCGUCGGCUGUAUUGCAUCCAAGGUGGUGUUAUACAUUUCCUUGAUCUUUAUUCUCUCCAUCGUGAUCGUCAAGUUCGCCUUUGCUUUGCUCUUCCAAUGGUUCCUUGCCCCUCGAUUUGCUGCUCAGCAGACCAGUAUGGCCUCCGACGCUCGCACCCGCAAUCAGCAGAUUGAGGACUGGUCCAACGAUAUCUACCGACCUGCACCUCGCGUGGCCGACCCGAUUGUGCCUGACCGAGCCAGCAAGCGCGCCAGCUUCCUUCCUACCACAUCUCGCUUCUCCAGCCCAUAUGUGGUCAGCAGCACGGGUAGCGGCAAACAAAUCAAGCAAUAUGUGACCAUGGCAAGCCAGAAUUCGACCACUCAUUUGAUGCCCGGUUCUGCAAAUAGCAACACUAUGUACAAGACGAGCCACAAUAGCAGCAACGGGACAUUGAGCGCGGACCAUUCUCGCCACAAUGCCGCCGCUAGUCGAACAAGCCUGGUCGGACACGGACAGCAAGAACCCGGAUUCGCGACCACUAUAUCAGAGUCGGAAGUACCCGGUCCUGCAGGAUUCAUCCACGAGUCUGUGGUUCCACAGCCUCCGCCCGACUGGCAGCCUUUCGGCUUUCCCCUGGCCCACGCGCUUUGUUUGGUCACCUGUUAUUCGGAAGGCGAAGAGGGUAUUCGCACGACCUUGGACUCGAUUGCUUUGACCGAUUAUCCAAACAGCCAUAAGACCAUUUUGGUCAUUUGCGACGGUAUCAUCAAGGGUAAAGGUGAAGAGUUCUCGACUCCAGAUAUUGUCGUUGGCAUGGUCAAGGAUCACGUCGUGCCUCCGGAGGAAGUCCAGGCUUUCUCUUACGUUGCCGUCGCCACAGGCUCCAAGCGUCACAACAUGGCAAAGGUUUAUUCGGGUUUCUACGAUUAUGGCGAGACUUCCAUGGUUCCUCCUGAGAAGCAGCAACGAGUGCCUAUGAUGGUUGUUGUGAAGUGCGGUACCCCUGCUGAAGCGACCCAGUCCAAGCCGGGCAACCGUGGUAAGCGCGACAGCCAGAUCGUCCUCAUGUCCUUCCUUCAAAAGGUCAUGUUCGACGAACGCAUGACUGAGCUCGAAUUUGAAAUGUUCAAUGGCAUGUGGAAUGUCACUGGCAUCCCACCCGACUUUUACGAAGUAGUCCUCAUGGUCGACGCCGAUACCAAAGUCUUCCCCGACAGUUUGACGCACAUGAUCUCAGCCAUGGUCAAAGAUCCAGAUGUGAUGGGUCUUUGUGGCGAGACAAAGAUCGCCAACAAGACGGACAGUUGGGUCACGAUGAUUCAAGUCUUCGAAUAUUUCAUUUCCCAUCAUCAGGCCAAGUCAUUUGAGUCUGUGUUUGGUGGUGUCACUUGUUUGCCAGGUUGUUUCUCGAUGUAUCGAAUCAAGGCACCGAAGGGAGGCCAAAACUACUGGGUCCCGAUUCUGGCUAAUCCAGAUAUUGUGGAACACUACUCGGAGAAUGUGGUGGACACAUUACACAAGAAGAACUUGCUUCUGCUGGGUGAAGAUCGAUAUCUGACCACACUGAUGCUGAAGACUUUCCCGAAACGAAAGCAGAUCUUCGUGCCACAGGCUGUCUGUAAGACUGUCGUUCCAGACAAGUUCCUUGUCCUGCUCUCCCAGCGUCGCCGUUGGAUCAACAGUACUGUCCAUAACCUCCUCGAGCUCGUUCUUGUCCGUGAUCUCUGUGGUACCUUCUGCUUCAGUAUGCAGUUCGUCAUUUUCAUUGAGCUGAUCGGCACCCUGGUGCUUCCCGCCGCCAUCGCCUUCACCAUUUACGUGAUCAUCUCUUCCAUCAUUCGCAAGCCCGUGCAGGUCAUUCCGCUCGUUCUACUUGCCCUGAUUCUUGGUCUUCCGGGUGUCUUGAUCGUCAUUACUGCCCACCGUCUCAUAUAUGUGGUUUGGAUGCUCAUUUACCUCCUCUCCCUUCCCAUUUGGAACUUUGUCCUGCCCAUGUACGCCUUUUGGAAGUUCGACGACUUCUCCUGGGGCGAUACCCGAAAGACAGCCGGUGGUAAGGAUGAAGGCCAUGGUGCCGUCGAGGGUGAAUUCGAUAGCACUCAGAUCACCAUGAAGCGCUGGCGUGAUUUUGAGAAGGAACGGCGCAUGCAAAUCAAUGGAUGGACGCAGCCUCAGCCGCAUGCCUCUGGUGACAUGAGUGGAUAUCCGCAUUUUGAGGGAUACUCAGACUACUGA